ACACUAUACACAUUCCCAACUCUCGAACCGACCGGCUUCGCAACCUACCCAUCAACGCAUCUUCUCCUCCCCACACGCAAAGACAUCCUCCACAAAGCCAUCACCUUCGAAGGCGACAACGCCCGCUCCGGCACAGCGUCAACGAAAUGGCGAUCCGAAGUGCACGGCUCAGGGCGGAAGAUCCGGCCCCAGAAGGGCUCCGGAAAGGCUCGAUUGGGAGAUAAAAAGUCGCCCAUGCUUCGCGGUGGAGGUGUAGCAUUCGGACCCAAGCCUCGCGAUUUUGGAACGGACUUGCCCAAAAAGAUGUACGACCUCGCUUUUCGCACGGCGUUGAGUCAUCGGUAUAAGAAGGGGGAGCUGAUCGUAGUGGAUGACUCGCAGGGAUUGGGGUUGGAGAUUGCGGGCGUGCAUGAGAAUUCGAUGGAGAGGUAUGUGAGGGAUGUGCUGGGCUGGAAUGGACUGGAAAGGAGUUUAUUUGUGUCGCGUGAGAGGAGAGAUGGGUUGUUCACUGCGUUGGAGGCGGAUGGUAUGCAGAACAAAGCGAGGGCGAUGGAGGUCGAGUGGGUGGAUGUGAAAGAUCUGUUGGCGGGUGGGAGGGUUGUGGUCGAGAAGAGUGCGCUGGAGGCAUUGUUCAGGGAGCAUGAGGAAGACCUA